AUGCUUUACGACCCGACCACUGUAACUCAUCUAAAGCCCUGGUUGGUCCGAACUCUGGAGCCAAUAUGUGACGCCGAGCCAGGGGCACUUGCUGAAUACAUUCUCGCUUUGUUAAAGCACAAUGUCCCGGAAAAUGAGAUGAGAAAGGAGCUCAGCUCCCAGCUGGAAGAGUUUUUAGAGAAAGAGGGACCCUCAUUUAUAGAUACAUUAUUCACUGUUCUCAGAACUAAGACGUAUCUUCCGUACACGGCCAGCGACCCAACAGCUCCUCGCUCCGCAGAUACUGGGAUUCCUAUACCUCUGGAUGGUCUCAUAUCUAAUCAUUCGCCGACGGAAAGAGGGCAGAAGCGAUCGCUGGAACAUGAUGAACGUGACGGGCGCCCGCCUACGAAAGGUGCUCGGUUAAAUGCAGAAGGCCAAUUUUCACGGUAUCCCAACGGUCGUGACUCUCGCUCCACCGGUGCAUGGAGUGGUGGCCAAAAUAGGCCUGGUGUGGGCAGUGGCAUGAAUGGGAACAAUCAAAAUACGACCACCCGACGACCACAAAAUUAUCAGCCCCCAGACCAAAGAAAAGGAAUAUGUCGUGAUUAUCAUAAUAAUGGAUAUUGUGCUCGUGGUUCAUUAUGCAAGUAUAGUCACGGCGAAGAUGCUUUCGUCCCAUCGCAAAUGUUUUCUGCUGCACGGAUGGAUAUGCGUCCGAAUGGCGCCGGCAUUGGCCAGAGUCGUGGAACGCAACGUGCUCCUCUACUCUCCAGGGCUCAGCAAGAGGACGGUAGUCAAGUUUCUCACGCGGUGGAUAGGUCUGGCGAACUUCCGUUCAACAUGGAUGUGGAGAUGGGUAUUCCAAGUGUACCAGGGCCAUCGACGUACAACACGCGUGGUGGGUUUGGAGGGGGAGUGAGGGGUGCACCUCGUGGGCGAGGCAUAUUUGGUGGUGACGCGCAGACCUUCCGUCCAGAACGACGACAAGAUAAAACACUUGUGGUGGAAAAGAUUCCAGAGGACAAGCUUAGCCUCGACGCUGUCAAUAGUUGGUUCAAGCGCUUCGGGACAGUCACCAACCGCCAGGCGCUCGUGAGUUUCGCUGAACACACUGAGGCUCAUGCUGCAUGGAAAUCGGAAGAUGCCGUGUUCGGAAAUCGGUUUGUGAAGGUCUUUUGGCAUCGGCCCAUGGAAGGACAUGGGCAAACAGGAUCGCGAAUGUUAGCGGCCUCCGCGCCACUACUAGCCAACCUGGCUUCGCGUGAGACCCCCAUGCCUUCUGCACCAUCCCAGCCUCCUGCGCCGCCCACCAUGACUCCCGCCCGUAAACCGUCCCUUCAGUCUCCUGCCGUGUCAGAGCUCGCAGCGAAGCAGAAGCUGCUGGAGCAACAGAUAGCGGAGCAGAAGUCUUUAGUGAACUCAUUAGAGACCUCUUCUCCCGAGGAGAAGAAAGUGAUUCUAGCAAGAUUACGGAAAUUGGGAGAAGAGAUGACGAUACCGUCACCACCGUCGGCUACUCCCGCCAAGGUCCAUUCGCCUGCACCUGUCUUGACUACUCAGAACGAUCACGAGAAAAAGGAGAGAGAAAGGUUGGAUAAGGAGCUUGAGUUGCAUGCCGUUGGGGAGUCUACGGAGGAACUUAAGGCUAAACUCGCAAAAUUGAGGGAGGAGGCAGCAAGUCUUGGAAUACCGGAGACCAGUCCUGAAGUCUCGUAUGGUGCACCGUAUCGUGGAUACAGAGGUCGCGGUCGCGGGGCACGUGGCGCCUUCUACCGCGGAGCACCGCGAGGUGGUCCUCCUAGGGCGAGCAUGAAACUCGACAACCGCCCAAGGAAGCUGUUGGUGAAGGGUGUUCGCGAAGACAGCCUGCAAGCAUUGCGGGAUUGGUAUGAAACCACCGGUCAGCUCGACUCAACAGAGAGCAUUGGCGAUGAUGAAGUUCUUGUCAGUUUCAAGACAAGAGCAGCUGCUGAGCAGGGUUUUGCCAAAGGAUCAACUGUUGCUGCAGUAGGCCCAGUGAAGAUUUCAUGGUACAGUGCCCAGCAAUCACAAGCAAAACCACAAGACGUCACCGCACCAUCAUCGCAACCUGCCAUCACAAAAGAGGUUCACCCAGACGAUACGCGGAGUACUUCACCGUCUCCAGGACGCCGUCCCUCCCCCCGUCCACAAGAAGAAGAAGUCAUCGCCAGUGGAUGGGGCGAUGGUGAUGAAGAUGGUAUGGGCAUGUUUUGA